AUGACUCCCACCUUUACCACAGGAGCCCCUGCGUUCGUAGCGCCCACGGUCUCCUGCAGAAUCUCGCAGCCACUCGUGGAGCUCACAGAUCCAUCGCGUGCCCCCCCUGCUGUGGCCCCCUCCCCCUCUCUGCUGGACGUGGAGGGGCUGCUGGGUCUGCCCCCCAGUCUCCUGCAGAUGACCGAGGACCAGCUGGCCUGCCCUGGAGCCUCCGUGGGCCCCUUCGUCAGCUUCUCUCCCCCCCUGGACCACGACGACGACUACCUGUGGAGCCUGGAGGAGCACGAGGGCGUGUCCGACUUCUUCGACUCCUACGACCUCGGCGACCUGCUAAGGCCGAGACUGAGGCCGAGCUGA